CGGAACUGUACCGAUGGUGAACACUGUCCGCGUAGUAGAAAAGCGUGAGUAAGUGAACUGAAACACAAGAAAACUCGAUAAUUCUCUGGAAUUUCCCUCUCCCUCCUCCAACUUCUCUCACUAAAUCCUCUGAUAAAUGAUUUGAAAACUCAUCGGUGUUUGAUGCUUCAAAUUCUUCCGAAGCGCUUCAAGACGUCGCUUUCAAUUGAGUUAUCUGCUUUUUUUUUUUUUUUUUAAAAUCUGAAAUUAGUUUCACCUUCGUCGUUUUUCUAUCGGGCGAAUCUCCGGCAGCAACAGUAGCAGUUUGAUAGGCCAAUUAGUUACUGAGCCUAUGUUAGUGUAUUUGAGUUGCAUGUGCUGGAUUUUCCAUGGAAACUACGGUUGGAAUCGAGGGAAAGGACGAAGCCAAAUUUGAGGAAAGUGUCGUGAAAACUAGCUCUGCUCCGUCUUCCUCGCCGAAGCAUAUUGCUGAUCCGGUUGUGUACAAGCUCGUUCGGGUUCAAGGCAAUGGUAGAUUAGUGCCGGCGACUGAUGAUGAAGUUAUGGAGGUUGCGGACUUGCUUGAGGAUGAUAAGGGUGACACUGGGCAGACUGUGGGAUGCACUUCCCUUGAUGGAUUGCCAUCUAGCAAGACUCAGCUGAAUCACAUAGAAGGUUUAUUACUUUCGGAGAAUCUAGAAGUUGAUGCUGAAAAAUCAAAUGCACUGCUUGACACAACAGUUGACUUGAGAAAAUCAGAUGCUCAACUUGAGGAAAUUGUUCCUUCAUCUGUACUGGGUUCAGAAGACAGCUAUAUAACUCAGUCUGGAAGUGUUGGGCAGUGCUCAGAGCCUCCUAUUGGAUCAGUCGAAAGUGGGACUUCAACUUCUGCUGUCUCUAAUACCUUGAAGCCUGAUUUCUCUAAGUUAAAGGGUGAAAUAUGCUUGGAUAAAAUGUCAGUUAAAGAACUUCAUGAAACUUUUAAAGCAACAUUUGGACGGGAAACUUCCGUCAAGGACAAACAGUGGCUUAAGAGGAGGAUUGCCAUGGGAUUGAGUAAUUCUUGUGAUGUUUCAACUACAACUUUUGUAAUUGAAGAUAAUGGAGUGGUGAAGAAGGGUAAACAAGAAAGCCUUAAAAAUGUGGAUAGUACACUUGCUGAUUAUGAUGUAGUUGGAGCAGUGAGUGAAUAUUGCAGAGGCUCACCAAGCGGCCAGAAUGAUCAAAUUGAAAAUCCUUUACCUCUUCCUGCAAAGAGAUUGAGGAACCCUAGCUUGGAACAUAAUUGUACUAAUGAAGAUGUUCCCAUGGAACAUAGAGCAGAGAAAAGAGUUCGGAAGCCCACGAGGCGAUACAUUGAAGAACUUUCAGAAGUAGAAUCCAGAGAAUAUGGCGGAAAGUUAAUCUAUCCAUUUAAAACCACCGAGUGUGACCAGUCAUCUCCAAGAACUCGUGCCAGGCCCCUUCUAAAUGUUCAGUCAGAUGGAAGAUCUCUUGUCACCAGGCAGGAUUCUCUUGGAGGUUCUGGGGUUCAGGUUCCAUUUGUUUGUCGGGUUCGAAGAAGCCGUCCAAGGGAGAAUUUCAUGGCUCUUAUGUUUCAGAAAGUCCAACCAAGCGGCAUGGGCAUGACAGCAAAACUGGUGAAAAGGGCCAUUGGUGUAUGUGGUCCGCAACUGGAUAAUGAGAGAGGAAACAAAGUCGGCAAUGCCCGGCUGCCCCCUGGAUGGACUCAACAGCCUCAUAUUGCUGAAAUAGAGAAAGAAAAGCAGAACUUGAAAAGAGAAGCAAUUGAGUUGGAUAAAGAUUUGGAGCUGAAACAUGUGGAUUCUUCCGGGGAUAAUUCAGAUGAUAACAUUGUAACUGUGCCCACAGCAAAUGGUGGAAUGAGAAGGAAACACCAUCGACCAUGGACUCUCGGUGAGGUGGUUAAGCUUGUUGAGGGUGUAGCUAGGUACGGUGCUGGUAGGUGGUCUGAAAUAAAACGUGUUGCCUUUGCAUCAUAUUCAUACAGGACUUCAGUUGAUCUCAAGGUACAUAAUUAAUUCAAUAGAAAGUCACUGGGGAAUAUAUAAUUUUGCUCAAUGAUUGUUAAAUGCUAGUUAUGGGAUUGUGUUUUGGUUUUUGCUGAGGUAAGUGUACCGAGCUUUAUUGUGCAGGACAAAUGGAGGAAUCUGCUGAAGGCUAGCUUUGUGCAUUUGCCUGCAGAAAAAGGGGUGAGCAAUACAUUGUUAUGUUUGUGUUUGUGUUUGUGGUUCACUCCGCAAGUUUUUGUUAGAUUAUGGAUGUGAAACAUAUAUCUUUAUUAAAGAUGAGAUCCUGGAUGUGUGACCAUCCAGAAGAGGAAGAUACAUGAAUUAUAGCACUUUCUUUGGUGGUAAGUUGUGCAAUGUUUGAACCGUAGUUAUCCUGCUUCUGCAGUAUGGUCAUUGUUUAGUUAAUUGGUCAUAUCACUGGGGUGACUGAUUGAGAAAGUGAUGAAGAGGGAGGGGGGAAGGGGUCCAGGAAUUACAUACAGUCGUUUUUAUUAUUGUUUUCUUUAAUUGGUGAUAUGUGCUCAGGCACCGUUAAUGUUUGUUAUCAAGUACAUGAUCAUCUCUUGUUUAGCACGUUUUCUUUGAACUAUUCUGUGGCAGCAUGAUUGUAAUUGUGAGUCGUUUAGGCAUCCAUAUAAUAGGCAUAAUGAAAUUCAUAUCUUUUGGGACAAACCUCUGCAAUUAUCUAUUGGAAAUUUCAGAAUAUUUCAGUUAAAAUUUCUUGUAACAGAGAAAAAGAAGAGCCCAAUGAAGGUGAUAGUGAUUAUUUCUCAUUCUGUUUCUGUAAAUUCUGGUACUUUUAAUUGUAUUAGUUUUGCUCACUUUUCAUAACAUCUUCCUAGAAAAAAACAAUGCAGAUGCAGAACUCGAGGAAACAUGCUUCCAUGCCAAUCCCUGCUGCUAUUCUCCUGCGAGUGAAAGAACUUGCUGAAAUGCAAGCGCAGGUUCCACCAAUUCUCAGCUCAAGUAAAUUUGCUGGACAUGGUGGUGAAAGGAUACAAGAAACAAGAGCUGGGUACUUGUAGCAUUGUAAAUAAUAAACUAACCUUUUUUUUAGAAAUAAGAGUUCUAGAUAUUUUAUUCUUGUUUUAAAGUAGUUCCUUGAUCCUCAUAUUUAUGGUGGAUUGAUUGGCCUUUGUCAAGUUGUGUGCUUCUACUGACAUUCUUAUUUAGUUUCUGUACCCUGCUAAUUUCUCCCCCCCAUCCCCACACCUGCGCCGGGGAGAGGGGGGGGGGGG